GAUUUUUUGUUUUAUUUAUCAAUACAAUCUCCCCGAAUGAACAAAUAAAACGAUGAUGAUUAUUUGCCUUCAUUGCUUAAAGAAUUUUAGGGAACCGAAAAUGCAGAGGGACAGUCAUCUGAAUAGCAGAAAGCUAAGUAAGAGUUAAAAAUGAAAUGCAAGAUUGGGGAAAUUAGGCCUGAUGACUCCAAUGAGUAAUACUUUAACAACUGACUUUGAGUAAAUGACAUUAGACACAUCACCUAAAGAAAGCCUGAUUAUUCAAAACAAUUAACUCAACGUUGACACUAUUGAUGAAUAAGAAGAGAAUAUCCAUAAAUUAUAAGUACAAGGAACACAUAAUGCUUAGAAACAUUAAAGUUUCAAGCUACCUAAAGAAUAAAAGAGAAAAUCUCCAAAACAUAAAACAUGUUAACCGCAACUGACUGAACCUCCUAGUCAAGAAGUAGAUGAAAAUCAAGAUGCUAUCUUAGAGAUGCAAUCCCCUAGCUCUAAUGAUACUCCUUAACUAAAUGCUCAAACUUUAUAAUUAAUCAAAGAACUCUGGAAUUCAGAAAAGAAUGAAACUGAAUAUUUUUAGGAUAUAAUAGAUGGUCAUUCAAUUCCAUAAGGAUUACAGUAUGAAUAUAGUUAUCUUAACUAACCGAUUUAUUCUCCACCUCUUGAAUCUCAAAGUCCUUAGGUACAAUUUGAACCAGAUAUUGAAAUGGAUCUCUAUAUCACCUCUUUAGUAGUAAUAAACAUGGUAUUAAUAUGUAGGAUUAACUUUGGGGAAACCAGAUUGUAAGUAGAAAACUAUAAAAAAUGUUAGAACAAGGUACUUAAGAAUAAAAAGAAUUGAUUGCUUAGAAAUUAGAACGUAUAAGUCCACAAAUAUAAAAAGAUGUAUUUGGCAAUUAUGUGGUUUAAAAAAUAUUUGAAUGCAGUAUUAUUGAUAUCAAAUUCUAGCUAAUCAGAAAUUACAAUUAAGAAUGUUCAAUAAAUUAAAAUCUCAUUUUUAUGAUUUAUCUAAAAAUAAUUUUGGAUGCAGAGUUAUGUAGAAAUUGAUUGAAUAUACAUACAAUCGUGAAGAUUUGUAAUUGAUUGUACUUUAACAAUUAUAAUCUAACAUGAGAUCUUUAAUCUAUGAUUUGAAUGGAAAUUAUGUAAUUUUUAAAAUGUUAGAAACAUAUGACAAAUUAAAAAUGGAAUUUCUAAUUCCCAUAGUAGAAGAAUCUGUAAUUAAUUAUUCUAUAUAGUUUAAUUAUAUGGGCUAAUAAAUAUAUGGCUGCAAAAUCAUUCAUAAAAUAAUAUAAUAAUACUCUCCAUAACAAAUAAGUAGAAUAAUUAGAUUAUCUGUGUAGAAUUAUAGUAUACUAAGUCAAACUGAAUAUGGAAAUUACGUUUUAUAACAUAUUUUAUAAUAUUGGAAGCCAAGCUAAGAAAAAGGAUAUUUGGUUCAAUUAGUUAUAUAAUAGUUUUACUAGCUUAGCAUCAACAAAUACGCAAGGUAUAUCAUUUUAUAUUUUUAAAGUAAUACUGUUGAACGAGCCUUAGAAGUCUUAGGUAAAUAAGAAUUAUUAGCAAUAAUGAAAUGGCUUCUGUGUCGUAGUCCAAAUUAAUAGUAAAUAAAAUACGUAUUAUCAUUUUAGCUAAAGCAAUUUCGUUGUAUUAGCUAAUCAUCAAUAUGCGAAUUAUGUUAUAAAGAAAUUUCUAGUUUUAAGUGACAACAGUGUACAAAGAUAUAUAUCAGAUCAUUUAUCUUAAAAUUAAUCAGAACUAACAGCCAUCAAGUCGACUGUGCAUGGUAUUAAAUUAUUCAAUAAUAAUUAGGCCAAAGAAUUUAUAGCCUUUUGGAGAAACAAAUCCAACACUGAGCUUUAUGACAA